GUAUUUCGGUAAGCUCCGUUCGACCUUGAAAAGCAAUGGAUAUUUGCGUCCGUUUGAUAUGUCUUUGGAAUUAAGUUUGUUAUCUUAUUCAUGUCUUUUUAAAGCAUGACAUUUUAUCUUCACCUCACUCGUCUUUAUGUAUGGAUGGCGUAUAUAUAUGAAAGAGAAUCAUGGAGUUCGUUUGGUUCACGAAUCGAUCGAUUCGUGAUUAGUUUGAAUAUAUAUACAUUAAUUACCUUUAAAUAUUUUAUGCUUGAUCAGUAACAGUCUUGAUAAUUGUGGGUUAAUUUAUCAUACUCGGGGCAGUUUUUAGUUUUUCUAUUCAUUGUUUUUGUUUACAACUACAUAGCUAUAGCUAUGUGAAGGUCAUUUGACUUCGGGAGUUUCUCCAAAAUACCCCAAAAUUUCCCCAAUCUUGGUAGCUCAGGUUCCUAUUUUUAAGCCUAGGCUCCUAACGUUGGGAGACCAACCACUUUUUGAGUAAAGCUUAUGACAAAUUGCGUCACAUAACCCAAAAUGUACUUACAUGUCAUUCCUUUUCAGAAUUUUCUAAACAUUCUCAUUUUGGCUUGUGUUGCACACACAUUAUUUAUACUUUUUUAGUUAAUGGGUUGCGUAAUAACGUAGGAUUUUUCAGUUAUAGUCAGUUUGUUUAGGGGGCUGGAAUAUUAUUGGGUUGAAAUUUCAAAGGUUUAUAUUCGAAUGGUUUCUUGAGUUCUUAACGGGCGUAAUUACUUCGUUCCCCGUAUUAUUAUUCAUCCUAAUCUGUACGCCUUUUUUUGAAGAGCCGUAAAACAUCUGGCCGAGUGAUGACUAACUUCUCAUUUAUGCUUGGGCUUGUGGUGGAGUUCCACACACUUCUGGUCUUCUUCUGAAAACCAGUCACCGUGGAAGUCUUUUAAACCGUAACAAAAAUUUCAUCUGUGUAACCUGGCAGUAUGUAAUUUAUUUCUUAGAGCGCUAAGAAAGAGGGGAUUUUAUCAUGUGUUCCAUUUUAACCGUGAUAAUCUACAUCCCGUUAAUUCAUCAAUUUUACUUUAAAAAGUGCCUAAAAGUUCAUUAUCUAGGACUGAUAUAGAUAUGUUUGCAUAUAAAUGCACUUUAACUCUUGUAGCAAAAAUACAGAGUGUAGGAUUUAGUUUUAAAGAACGUCUUAUUGAAAUGAUUGACUGAUUGUUCUUAAAGCAAGAAGGUACAUAUUCUGGAAGACUUCCUUCAGCUAAGCUUAUUAUCUAAUUUUUCUCUUUUCUCAGGUGACUAUAAGGUCGAAACAAGAACUUCCAAUUUCCAGCUUAUAAGUUCCAUUUCUUAUACUUCAGUCGCAUUUCAAGUGUACUUUGUCCAUUAUUUACGCUUAUAAAGGCCUGAAGACCGUAGAAUAUGGCUAAAACAUGAGAGUCAAUUCAAAGGAACUUGGGUGUGUAUCUCCUUCUUGGAAUUCGUCUUUUGAAGGCAUCCUCUAUUGGAAACAAAAAGUAGAUUCGCGAUUAAAGCGUGGAUGUAUUUUUUCUGAACACUGGUGCCGGUUGAAAGGAAACAUUUUGAUUCUUUGCCGUUCUCCCGAUAGAACGAGCAAUGAAGUCUCAGGUGUGGUACUGUUAGAGCGUUUCACUGUGUCGCGUACUAGAGAUGAAGAAAUAUCCUACUCAUUUCGUUUAGAUUUCGAUUCCGGUGAUAAACCUCUUGUAUUUGUCGCUCGUUCUGAAGAUGAGGCAGAGAAGUGGUGUCAUCACCUUAACGAGGCACAACUGGCACCUAGGUUACGGCGUUUUACUUUGCUUCGUGAUGAAAUACGGAGAAUCACAGGAUCUGAUCCACUAGAAGCUGGAUUUUCUAGUAAUUCAGUUACCCCACCAACUAUCGUUGAGGAAGGUUCAUUGAAUGACGAGGGACUUGAAGUUAUGCUGAAAUGCCUGAAUAUUGGAUAUAUGGCACAUCCUAAUGAGCUUCCUAAUACUUGUCUAUUUGUUUCUGUAUCAACUUCACUGAAGAGUAAUUGGACUCCAGUUGGGGCAACUGAGAUAAUUGAAUGCUCUCGGAACCCAAUUUUUUCGAAAACAAUAUUUCUACGCCACGAUUUAAUUGAUGAGAACAAUUCAAUACGAUUCAGUUUAUUUGAUAUUAAAGAUGUAAAAUCAAGUGUAAGCGCUUUAAUCGGUGAAACAAUUACAACAAUAAAAGUAUUAUUGGAUAGUUCAUCUCUUCUGUUCCCAUUACGUGAUGAUUGUUCUCCAAUACCUGUGAAGUAUGAGGGUUUAGAGACGACUUUUCCAUCAAUAGUUGUGCAAUCAAGGAAACAAAAGCCAUUAGAUCCCACGGCAGCUAAGGUUGAUGCUAAUAUGUUGUCAUUACGUUCAGUAUGUGAUAAUCUAUUGUCUAAACGAUAUAAAUUCCAAGAUUCAAUGGGUGAGACAAUGCAUAUUAUUGAAUUUAUGGGCGAAUCAAGGCUAUGCUAUGCUUUUCCGAUAGAAUAUCUAAAAACUUUAAUUCAGUCCGAAUAUUUGAUGUAUGACUCUUUAUCUCGAACUGGAUCUUCGAAACCUGUUAUUGAAAGCCUGCGAAAAGAACGAAUGAUUAGCAUGAAACAAACAUUGGAACAGUAUGAAGCUAAUUUAAGAAAUUUAGUUGAUUACACUGGUCCUCUAUUCAAAUCAUCUAAUGAACGUGCUAAUCCUCGCUAUGAUUUUGUUCCGACCAAUCUUCACGUGAAUCAGAUAGCUUUAACGGAUGUAGACGGCCAACUAGUUUCCUCGCAUAAUAUAAUAUCUGUUGGUGCAUUUUCAUUGGCUUCUCGACGUUAUAAAUCUGGUGGUUUAUUUCGAAUGGCAUUCGAUACUAUGAUUACACCGACACGUACAUAUCCACCUUCAGAGUUAUCUUAUUUAAAUCUAUCAUCGGAAUCACCCGUAGCUUCUGCUACAUGUCUUUUAAAUACAAAACCAAUUGGUAAAGCUAUGGAUUUAUUAUAUCGUGGAACACAUUCUAUUGCUUUAUUAAGAUCUGAUUUAGCUGGUCUUAUUCAAAGAUUAAACGCACCUGGACAGGCUGAACCAUUAGCUCAACGUUUGCAAAAAACUGUAUCUUCUAUACAGUGGAUAUUUUCAGAUAAAUUAUUAUCUAACUUAAAUGUUUUACCAGUUGUUUCAUGUGAUUUCGAAGUGAUUAUCACUUUACUUACACAAUUAUCAUCAGUGGAAAUAAUGAAAUCAACAAAUUCUCAACCAUCACAACCCAAUGAUCAUGUAAUAAUUAUAAAUAAAAAGAAAAAUGAGUCUCGUGAAAAUUUAAUAGAUUCUUUAGAUAAAGCUGGUCAAAAAUUAUCUGUUACUUUGGAACGUAUAUGGGAAAGUGCAGCAUCAGUGCUAUGGGAUCAUGUCUUGUCAGGUCUUGCAGAUUUAUCAAAUCAACAAACUCUUUCUGUUAGUAAAGAAGGUAGUGGUAAUUAUUCUGAUUUAAUUGCUGAAGCAGAACGUUCCGCUUAUCCUAAUAUGUUACCAAUAAAUGAUAAUGUACUUACUGCUGUUUCAAUUAUUCAAGAUUCGUUCAGUUAUCGACAUCAUGCAUGUGUUUGUCAGCUAUUAACCGCAGUUCUUACGGCGUUGUCAGUGCAUAUACCCCGGUGGGAUCGCAAAGAUUGGGAACAAGCUGCUGUAUGUGGUGUCCUAGCUCAGUUUGAAGGCCUUCUAAGUUGUUAUGGCGACGAACAAGGAAUGAUUGAGGAUUGGGCAUGGGCAAUUGAUUAUUUGUUGACGUAUCGUGUUACACUUCGUCCAUCUGGUAACUUCUCUGAGUCCGUAAUUGAUACGAGUGGAAGAAAUUCCGAGGAUACGGACUCGAACGUUCCUACCUCGAAUCGCUCUGAUACUGAAGAAUUUCAUGUGGAUUUCAAAGUCACAAGAUUGAACGAAUGCGAGCUUACUGUUCCUUGGAAAUCAUGGGUUCAUGCACCUUCGGAAAUUCAAGCUCGUGGUCGUGUACGAAUUCGUUUACAUCCUGUUUCAUUUGUAGUCGGAAUCAAUGAACUACAAUCAGUUGCUGAAACUUUAGAUAAAACUGCUGUGCAAAACGCGGUAAACAAUCAUGGCUUAACAUCUUUACGCGCUUAUUUCAAUCGAUAUACAAAACAUUUUGGCGCUCCAGGUCGAACUGUUUCAAAUCAAGAUGUCUGGGAUUUACUCACAGAUAUUACACAUCAUCUUUCUACACCUGUUCGUUCAAAACCAGUUGAAGUGUUACAGUUAGCAUCAGAAAUUACUCAAGCAUUUCAUGGUUUACGAAUAACAACUUGUAAAUCAGCUAAAGAUCGUACAGCUAUGUCUGUUACUUUGGAACAAAUUCAAUGGUUGAAAAGUGAAGGUAUGCAUGAAAGUUGUUUUACUAAAGCUCUUCAAUGUAUUCGAAGCACUGGUCUACGUUUAGAUAAUAUAAUGAAAAACACUGGUAAACGUAAAUAUGCGUUCAGUCGUCUCCAGCUAUUAUCAUUUCCAAGAUUGUAUAAACCACCAAUGGGAACAUAUUCUACAAAUGUAUCAUCUUAAUAUAUAUCGUCGAUAGUAGAUUUAUUCAACAGUCAAUUUGAUUUAUUCGACACUGAUUCUUAUUUUUCCUAUCGACUUUUCUCCAUUUUCAUUUUAUCAUCGAUGAAAACGAAGAAGAGACUCGUUCUUUCUUUUGAUACUUGAACAAUCAAUUUAUCUUUAAGUGGAGUAUAAGUAUGUUUCAAUAUUAUUAUUAUUAUUAUUAUCAUUACUAUUGCUAACAAAAUACUAAGGAUAAUACUUUAUUAAUGAUAACUGACUUUAUAGUCACGUUGAUUUCCUUUUUCCAAUUUUCGUCUUUCCUAACCUCAUUCCUUUGUGUCAUUGUGUUUUGUAAAAAUAAAGUCUCCUUUAUUCAUUUCAUAAAAAUCUUAUUCAUUAUUUACUACUAAUUUUGAUUGUAUAGUUGUAUUCAUACUGUUUCUUUGAUAAUUAUGAUGACAAUAAUGAUUGAAUUCAUUUACAUCAAUUAAUCUAUACUUUAUUCAUUGAUGUAUAUUUUUUAUACCUUAAGAAAUAGUUCUACUUUAUCUCACGCAAUGUGUAAUUAAUGCCGGUAACUACUGCUCUUAAUAUGUUGUGCAUAUACAUAUAUACAUAAAUCUAUACAUGUUGAGACGACAAGUGUAUAUUGAGUUCAUUUUUAUUCUUUCUUCACAACAUGAUGUAAGUUUGUGUGUGUGUGUGUGUAAGGAGAAGAUGAACUGUUGUUAAACAAUAUGAUAAAUAUUUCAAUGUACAAUAAUUUCUCAAUUGUCUCCAGUUCAUGAUUUUAAAACAAGAAACAUUCUUAAGUCAUCUUUGAGAAUUUUUAUUUAUUUUUGAUAUUCUAUUGAAUGUAAACAAUGACGUGACUAGAUAUUAAAUUAUAUAGUGUGAAGUUAUUAAUUAUUCAGAAUGAUAUUUUCGUUUUUCGUUUUGUUUUUUGAGAAAAAUACAUUUCUCUUUUAUUAUCGAAAAUGUUGGACAUACGUUAAUGAACAUAAAAGAAAACUACAUAAAUGAUGAAAAAUUACCAGAUAAUUGUAAUUAUGAAGUUGAAUAGAAUAAUGUCAAAUGUAUUCAAGUAUAGAAAUCUCUAAACAGUAUAGUCGGGAAAUAAAAUAGAAAAAAACAAACAGAAAGAGAGAUUAACUGAAUCAAUGUGGUGAAGAGAGUGAAUUUUUCAGAGAAAUUUGCUAGAUUACUGGUUGUUUCGUCAGAUUGUCAAAG